AUGUUUGCCUCCAAAAGACUGGGAAAGGAACUACAGAAGGCAAAGCAAAAGCUUCCUCCAGGCAUCGAGCUGGUAAAGGCGGACGACUUCCAAGAAUGGCAGGUUGACAUACGAGUUUUGGACGACAACCCGUUAUACCUCAAUCAGGUGUUCAGGCUGAGUUUCAUCUUCUCCGACAAUUAUCCUAUUGAACCACCAGAAGUCUCAUUCAUCUACGUUCCGCCAUCAACAACUUCUACCGACGCCAAUCCCAGUUCUACCUCCGCGCAAUCACAGACCCAACAGGAAGCCUCGCCAGCCCCCUUCCCUGGACGCCCGAUCCCUAUCCACCCUCAUAUCUACAGCAACGGAAUUAUAUGCCUCGACCUCCUCGGCACUGCAGGCUGGUCGCCUGUACAGAGCGUCGAGAGCGUGUGCAUGAGUAUCCAGAGCAUGUUGACCGGCAACACCAAGAACGAGCGGCCCAAGGGUGACGAGCAAUUCUGUAAGAGCAUGGGCGUGCGUGGGCCCAAUGGAUGGGGCGGUGGCCAUUCUGGUCGCCGGUUGAAAGAUGUGAAAUUCGCUUAUGACGACAAAACAGUCUGA